UUUUGUUUUGAAAUUAUAUUAAUAAUUAUAGUGCUCAUAAGUGAAAAAAUAUCUUUUAUCUUAAUAAAACUUAUUCGAUCCAAAUAAAUAUAAUUUAUAUAAUUCUUAAUCAAGUUUUAAUGUGUUAAAAUUUAUUAUUCAUAUUAAGCAUUUUAUAAGUUUUUAAUGUCAAUAUCUAUUUAAAUUCUUUUAUUUUUGAUUAUAAAGUGAAAAAUCGUGAUAUAAUAUUACGAUAAUAUAAUUAUGGAAGAUGAUAUCCAUAUACCAACUGUCAAUCAUGAUCCAUUCCAUGUGAUUGGAUCUUGUGAAUUAUGUUCCAGAGAAUUAACUAAUGCAGAAUUGUUAUCAAUAGUAUUGAAAUGUGCCAAUUUUGCAGCAAUAAAACACAAGGAUCAAAGAAGAAAAGAUGAGAAAGAAACACCAUAUAUAAAUCAUCUAAUUGGAGUAGCAAAUAUUUUGGUUCAAGAAGGUAAAAUUUAUGAUCCUGUUGUAAUUGUAGCAGCUCUUUUACAUGAUAGUGUAGAAGAUACUAAUACUACAUUUGAAGAGAUAGAAAAUGAAUUUGGCACUGAGGUUUGUAACAUUAUUAAAGAAAUAACUGAUGAUAAAAAUUUACAUAAAGCAGAACGCAAAAGAUUACAAAUACAGAAUGCUUGUAACAAAAGUCAUAAAGCUAAAUUGAUUAUCUUAGCAGAUAAAUUAUAUAAUUUAAGAGAUCUUCAAAAAAACAUACCAGUUGGUUGGUCACAAGAAAGAGUAAAAGAAUACUUUAAGUGGGCCAAAUCUGUAAUUGAUGGAUGUCGUAAAACUAAUUUUAAUCUUGAAAGAGAAUUAGAUUUAAUAUUUGCAGAAAGGGUAUCUAAAGAUAGAGAAAUUUGUACAUGUAAAAAAUUUAAACCAUAAUAUUAUUAUUUUAUUAAAAUUUAAAAAUAAAAAUAUAUGUAUUUAUAAUAUAAUAUGAUCUUAUAUAAUUUAAACAAAUAAUAAACAUUAUUAUUAAAUAUUUUUUUUAAUAAACAUUGUACAAAUUGUAUAAAAUAUGUAAAGAACUUAUAAAUUUUUUAAUAUCAUGUAUCUCAUAUAUAUAUAUAUAUAUAUAUAUGAAACCAUAAUAUAUAAUAUUCAUAUAUAUAUAAAAUCAUAAUAAAAUAUAUAGUAGAAUCAUUAA